CCCGAUGUUUGCUCUUCUUUUGUCGUAGUCGGUCAAGAUGGCGGCUCAGCAGCAGCCCGGUGGGCCGAUGUCUCAGCCCGGAUUACAACAGCCUACUUCGUUACAACAACAACAACAACAACAGCAGCAGCUGAGCCAACAGCAAGAUUUCGACCCAGUUCAUAGAUUUAAGAUGUUAAUUCCUCAACUGAAGGAGAGUUUGCAGAAUGUAAUGAAGAUUGCAUCCCUGAAUUUGGCCCAUAACACGACAAUUGACAACGGCAUUAAAAGCAGCGACGCGGCUGUUCAACGCUUUGACAAAAGCCUAGAGGAGUUUUAUGCCCUUUGCGAUCAGCUGGAGCUGUGUUUGCGGCUGGCGUACGAAUGCCUCUCGCAGAGCAUCGACAGCGCCAAACACUCACCCAACCUGGUCCCAACAGCCACCAAGCCAGACACAGUGCAGACAGAGUCCAUGUCUUACGCCCAGUACCUCGGCAUGAUCAAGUCCCAAAUCUCCUGCGCCAAAGAUAUCCACAACGCAUUGCUGGAGUGUUCCAAGAAGAUCGCAGGAAAGGGACAGCCUCAGGGAAUCAUGUAGACCUGGACGGACUAUUCCAACUCUAUCUGCGUUCUGGUGACUUUUAUAAACAAUAAUGGAUUUCAUAUUUCGGACUGUUCCGUAUUUAAAUCACAGUUAAUUCGCUACAUCAGUCAAAAUACUGUUUGGUUUCACAAGAUCCUGUAUAUUUGGUUGACAUUUUUUUUGAAGUUCUGUUUCUUGUAAAGGCUGUGUAAAUAUUCCUGACAAGUCAUGUUCUAAUAUGACCAGCAGGUGGAGGCAGAGUGUCAGAAUCUUUUGUAGCAUAUUUGUAUUGUCUAUUAAAACCUUUGUACUGAUA